AUGGACCUCUCGUCGGUGUUGGCGUCCCCGUCCUACGGCAAGGCGGCGGAGACCUACAAGAAGGCGGUGACCGUGGCGGCCGGGUACACCGUGCUGGCGCGCACCAUGGCGCGCGAGCUUCUCCCCGACGAGGUCCGCGACACGGUGCGCCGGGCCGCGUCCGUCGUCCGCGACCACAUCCUGCCGCGCCCCAAGCAGCGCCGCGUCAAGACCAUCUACAUCAGCCGGGACGCCGGCGACGGGACCCUGAACCGGUUCUACCUCUGCCUCGCCGUCCGCGGCGCGCGGCGGCGCCUCUCCAUGAUGCCCGGAGACUCGAUGACCGACGUCUUCGAAGGCGUCGAGUUCAAGUGGACCUCGACCUCGACUCGCCGCUCCCGCCGCCGCGGCCGCCACCACGACAACGACGGUCGCCGCGCGCCGGACGCGCUAGUGCUCUGCUUCGACGCGGAGCAGACGGACAUGGCGCUGGGCAGGUACGUGCCCUUCAUAAUCGCGACGGUCGGGGAGGAGCGGUGGCGGCAGUGCAAAAUCGAGAUCGUCAUGAACGUGGGCUCGUCCUGGCAUGGCAUCACCCACCACCACCCGGCCAAGUUCGACACGCUCGCCAUGGACCCCGAGCUGAAGCGGACCCUCAUCGCCGAUCUGGACCGCUUCCUCAAGCGCAAGGACUACUACCGCCGCAUCGGCAAGGCGUGGACGCGCGGGUACCUGCUCUACGGCCCGCCCGGCACCGGCAAGUCAAGCCUCGUCGCCGCCAUGGCCAACUACCUCCACUUCAACCUCUACGACCUCGACCUCUCCGAUGUGCACAGCAACUCGACGCUGCAGAAGCUGCUCAUCGGCUUGGAGAACAAAUCCAUCCUCGUCAUCGAGGACAUCGACUGCUGCUUCAGCGCCGCGUCGAGGGAAGAAAAAUCUGAUGACGCCGAGUCGGAUUCCUCAGACUCGGGCAAGGGACGGUCCGGCUCCGACGGACGGCGUCACUCUGUCCGGGCUGCUCAACUUCAUCGACGGGCUGUGGUCGACGAGCAGCGAGCAGCGCAUCAUCGUCUUCACCACCAACUACAAGGACCGCCUCGACGCGGCGCUGCUCCGACCGGGGCGCAUGGACAUGCAGGUACACAUGGGCUAAUGCGGCUGGGAGGCGUUCAAGACGCUGGCCCGGAACUACUUCCUCGCCGACGACCACGCCCUGUUCCCGGAGGUCCAGGAGCUGCUCUCGGCGGUGGAGCCGUGGAGGUGACGCCGGCCGAGGUGUCGGAGAUGCUGCUGCGGAGCGAGGACGCCGACGUCGCGCUGCAGGGGCUCGUGGAGUUCCUGCAGGACAAGAAGCAGCAGGGAGAGGCAAGCCGUGAUGGGAAGUAGUGGCGCCUUUGCAUCAAGAAUAAAUCAGGCCCUUGCUGUUGCAAGUCUUCCUAGCCUUUUCUGAUGCUUUAAUUCUCCUCGUAUUAUCUACUAGUUCUGUGUCAAGGUAGUGUUAGG